GGGAGAGAGAGUCAACCGAACCAUUCGCAAGGCAGCUACCCCCUUUUUCCGCCAGAAUCGUACGGUGUUGAGCUCAGUCAGUCGCUUCUAGGGUUCCCGUACGGUUCGGAUUGAUUUCCCGGUCGGCGCCGCGAGUGUUCAAAAGUGAGUUUGAAAGACCACCAUCGGGCAGGAUUAAAAGGAUCUUGUGUCUAGUGGAGGAAACUUGAGUUGACGAUCGACUGGAACAGCAACUGAUAGUCGAGUUGAGGAAGAUAUGUGUAAAAUAGGGAAGCAACAAAGUGUUCUCAAUUAACUAAUUAGCUCAAUAUCGCGUCGUCUAAGAUCUGGAUAAGUCGGGUUAAGCUGCUAAUUAACCGAGCUCUGACGAGACGGAGCAUCUGAUUCAUCAGUGUUGGAAACAGUAGUGUAGCAACCGGAUAAAAGCGUCUCCAAACGCCAAUUUUUCUUUGCAAAUUUUUCUGCACAUUGAAAGAAAAUCCGGAAAAGCGGAAAAAUCAAUACUUUUACACGCGUACCAGCAGCGGCAAAGCGGCGACCGGCGAUUCCGUGAGAGCGAGUGCACUUGUCGUCAUCGGAGGGGGCCGCACGUUAGGGCGAGGGAGGACAACAACGGCAGCGACAGCAACACCCACAGCACCCACGGCAUACCAUGUCCUCAAGUCACGGGAAGGAUCCGGUCAAGAUGGAUCCUAACGUUGGGAAAAAGAUUGUUAGCGUCAUUCCCAAACGACGUCAGCAACUGCUCAAAUGGAACGGCUGGGGUUACCGAGAUUCCCGCUUCGAGUAUGAGAAUGACCUCCUGGUGUUUACCGGCGAUCGUUACCCCAUCGGAGGCUCCGUUUCCCUUCCGUACUUCAAAGAUUACGUCGUGAAGAUCCUCAACGUGGACCUAACUCGGAAGAACGUCGGCGUCCCGCUACCUCAGACCUACCCGGAACCGGUACCGUGCCGGGAGUUUCUGGCCAAUCUGGCACAACAUGGAAUCGAGUUCACCCAGAACGGAGAAGAUCGGUUGAUUCGAAGUCACGGACAGGCCCUGCACGAUAUUCACGCGCUACGAACGGGUCAGAUUAAGAGGAUCCCGGAUACGGUGGUGUUCCCGCUCAGUCACGAUCAGGUCGUUCAGGUGGUGCAGGCUGCCACCGAGAAUGACGUCGUGGUGAUUCCGUAUGGUGGUGGUACUUCCGUAUCGGGGUCUGCCUCUUGCCCGGAAGAUGAGAGGAGGUCGAUUGCCCUAUUGGACACUAGUCAGAUGAACCGGAUGCUCUGGAUUGACAAGGAAAAUCUGGUUGCGUGCUUUGAAUCGGGUGUUAUCGGACAGGAUUUGGAGAGGGAAGUGCGGAAGUUGGGCUUCACUAUGGGACACGAGCCGGACAGCUUUGAGUUCUCGAGCUUGGGAGGUUGGGUGGCUACGAGGGCGUCAGGAAUGAAGAAGAAUUUGUACGGAAACAUCGAGGACAUCGUGGUGAAGGUCAAAAUGGUGACGGUUAAGGGCGUUCUGGAGAAAAGUGUUGCGGUUCCUCGGAUAUCCUGUGGACCGGAUUUCAAUCACAUCAUCCUGGGAUCUGAGGGUACGCUAGGAGUGGUGACGGAGGUGGUCGUGAAGAUUCGGCCUCUACCGGAGACGAAAAAGUACGGAUCGCUGGUGUUUCCAGACUUUGGGUCAGGAGUGCGGUUCUUGAGAGAGGUGGCCAAACAGCGACUGCAACCUGCCAGUAUCCGACUGAUCGACAAUGAGCAGUUCGCUUUUGGUCAGGCUCUAAAACCCGCUGGCGGAGUUUUAUCGAGCAUUUCGAGUGCCCUGCAGAAGGCGUACAUCACCGGAGUGAAAGGCAUGGAUAUGGAGAAGAUCGCGAUCACCACCCUGGUAUUCGAAGGCACCGCCAAAGACGUCAAACUGCACGAGCAGAAGAUCUUUGCCAUUGCUGCCAAGCACGGAGGAUUCUCUGCUGGCAGCACAAACGGCGAAAAGGGCUACAUCUUGACCUUCGUGAUCGCUUACAUCAGGGACUUGGCACUGGAGUUCAGUGUGGUUGCGGAAUCGUUCGAAACCUCGGUUGCCUGGGAUCGGUGCGAAACGCUGUGCACCAACGUGAAAAAUCGAAUCUCGAAGGAAUGUGCCAAAUACAACAUCAAACACUACCUCGUGUCGUGCCGGGUGACGCAGUCCUACGAUGCCGGCGCAUGCGUGUACUUCUACUUCGGAUUCAACCACACCGGCUUCCCCGACCCGGUGAUCAUCUACGAAACCAUCGAAGGCCACGCCCGUGACGAAAUCCUUGCCUCCGGUGGAUCCAUUUCGCAUCACCACGGCGUGGGGAAGAUCCGGGCACGGUGGUACCCGAAAACGGUAUCGGAUGUGGGCGUAAGUUUGUACCGGGCCACCAAGCAAGAGCUGGACCCCAACAAUAUCUUUGCCGUUGGGAACUUCUUACCGGAGCUGCAAACCGGACACCACGGCGAGCACCAGCAGAAUCCGGAGGGGUCGUCGGGGCAAGGCACGCUGAUGUCGAAGCUGUAGAGGGGUUUUUGUGUUUGUUCUGUUGUGGUUAUUUUAGGAUAAUUUUUAUACGAAAUGGACCAUAUAAGUUGCAUUUUGGUGUGAUUGAAUACAUUCCAGUUAUUGUACUUUCUAUGUGUAGCUAAUUUAUGUUACCCAGUGGCUCAGUAUGCUCAGAACAAUAAAGUUAUUGUUUGCAAGA